AUGGCAAGCGUCGCACCCACCGCCUCACGGCUCGCGCAAGUCGCGCGUAUGCGCGCAACAAUCUUCCAAACUGCGUAUAACCCUACCUCGUUGCGCACGGGCGCGAAGUACCUCCGCCGGAGGUUGCAGGGCGCGUCCAUGCAAACAUACUACCCCGACCGCAUCAGCAUUGCUCAGGUCAACCGAAGCCUGCCUGCGGACAUGAAGUUUUGGGAUCAGGAGGAGGGUGAUCGUGUGCAGAAGGUGCAGGACGACAAGGACCGCGGGAAGGGUACGCCGAAGAAGGCAAAGACGAAAGAACAAUCUCGUCGUGCUGGCAGGAGGCGGUAA